GUAAUAGAUAGAUAACGCAUUCCGAACUAUUCUAUAAUUUAUUUAUUUAAUCAAUUAAAGUAAAAUAUUUUUGUUGAUUGAUUAUCACUAAUCAUAUACAUAUCAUGCCGUGUUGUGUUACCAUGUUUGGUUUAUAAACGUGUCUUUUUCCAAAAUAUUUUUUGUCAACUUUGAUUCAGUAUCAUUAAUACUAACAAACGAGAAAUAUUUCGUGUAUACAUCCAUAUCUUUUUAAGAAUUUUCAUUCACUUUUUUAGUCAUAAUAACCAUGGAGCACACAAUUAAGGACUUUAAGUACGAAAUUGAGAACGUAAAUGACCUAAGAAAAAAAUGUGAAAAAGCCUUGAAAGUUAUUUCAAAUUAUGGAGAUUUCACAAUUAAUGGUUUUUCAAUUAAAAAAGAAGAGUUGAACGCAAUCAUUACAAAAUGGCAAAAUAGCUAUCAAGAAUUGCAAAAAGAAUUAGAAGACUGGAAGCGAGAAUCUAAACCUUCAUAUGAAACUGUAGCUCUUCUUUGCAAGAAGAAAAAAGUUGAAUGCGUUUUUCUAAGAAUUUAUGAUUCAGGAGAACCUGGUCUUCUAAAUUGUGUUAGCAUUACUAGGACUUAUGCAAAGCCUGGCAUAAUGUCGAAAUUACUAAACAAAGUAUUCAAACAUAAGAGUCAAAGAAUUUUCAAACAACUGGCAAAAUCGCAACCUGACACCAUAGCCGCACUUAUUUUAUCCAAAGAUGAUGGAUUGAAAGUUAUUUGGAAAUAAUACAUUGCAAAAGUACAAAACAUAUCUUCUGUGCAAGUACUAGUUUUCAACACAAAAUAUCUCGUAUCGUACUAAUCGUCGGACAUACAAACGCAAAUAUCGUAUUAUCUGGGGAUAACAGAUUUAAAAUAUCGUUUUGGCAAAAACAUAACCGUCUUUUUUACGCAAGUACCGUAAAUAUUUCGUAUUGAAUUAAUCGACAAACAUACAAACACAAAUAUCGUAACUUCGUACGUUUUAUUCGUUAAAAUAUUUCGACACUUAUCUUAAAAUCAACACAAACAAAUAUAAUUUCGAUUUACUGUACAUAUACUUUUUCAAUUACCAAUUUCAUGUAAAUUAAAAUUUUUUUUAAUAUCGUG